AUGACCGAAACAAUCGGACUUGAUUUUGGGACCUCCAACACCGUUGCGGUGGCGGCCCGGCAAUCUGCGACGCAGCCCGUUCAUUUUCAGGACAGGCAGGAGACAUUUACCUCCUUGCCGACAGUCCUGAGUUUUCUGGAUCGCGGCGCUUCCCGGGCGCUUCAUCCCGAAGUCGGCCCCUGGGCGAUCCGGCAAUUCCUGGAUAGCUUUGGCGAUGUCCGCUUCAUCCAGUCGCUCAAGACCUUCGCUGCCAGCCGUCUUUUCAAGGGCACGGGCGUCUAUGGAGUGCGUUUCGAAUUCGAGGACCUGAUGGCAACAUUCCUGCGCUGCGCCUUUGAGCGCGCCGGAACACGUUUCGAUCCCGCCGGUACCCGGCUGGUCGUUGGCCGCCCGGUUGAAUUCGCAGGUCACAAUCCGGACGAAACCCUGGCGAUGGAACGUUACCGCAGAGCAUUUCGCAAGGUCGGUUUUGAGGACAUUCUGUUCGUCAUGGAACCUGUGGGAGCAGCGUUUUCCUAUGCACAGUCGCUGGAAAGAGACACGACCAUUCUCGUGGCCGAUCUCGGAGGCGGCACCACGGACUAUUCCAUCAUGCGGUUCGAGACUGCGGCCGGGCACCUGAAGGCAACGCCUCUGGGGCGCGGAGGCAUCGGAAUUGCCGGAGACACGUUCGAUUACCGCAUCAUCGACAAUGUUGUCCUGCCGAAACUGGGCAAGGGAUCGGCCUACCAGAGCAUGGGCAAGGUCCUUGAGAUCCCGCCAAACCUUUUCUCCAACUUCGCCCGCUGGCACAUGUUGUCGAUCUUCAAGACGUCCGACGAUUUCAAGGAAAUGAAGAAGCUGCUGCGCUGGUGCCUGGAGCCGGACAAGAUCGAAAUGUUCAUCGAACUCGUCGACGAGGACCAGGGUUAUCCGCUCUACAAGUCCGUGUCCGAAACGAAAGCCAGGCUGUCGUCAGAUGACGAAGCGGAGUUUUCCUUCGCCCCUCUCGGUGCGGAUUUCCGGGCAAUGGUCUCCCGCCAGGAGUUCGAAGGCUGGAUCGCCGCUGACCUUGCCAAGAUGGACAAGGCCCUCGACGCAACGCUUGCAAAGGCGGGACUUUCUGAAAACGACAUCGACCGUGUGUUCAUGACGGGCGGAACCUCCUUCGUGCCCGCCGUCCGCCGCCAGUUCGCCAACCGGUUCGGAACGGAGAAGAUCUCCGGCGGCAACGAACUGACCUCCGUCGCCAACGGUCUGGCGUUGAUCGGCGCACGGGAAGAUGCCGCAGAUUGGGCAGUAGCUGCUUAG